CGAUAUAUAUGCGACAUGGUCUUUCUCGGUUAUCUUCGCGAUCCGAAUCCAAAUUCGAUAACCGAGGGCGAGCACGAGAGAGGAAGAGGGAGAUCGAGAGUGAUGGGAAAGGAGGCUACGGAGAACUUCAAGCUGGUGGGCUUCACCCGCUUCGUCCGGGCCAACCCCCGCAGCGACCGCUUCCCCGUUCUUGGCUUCCACCACGUCGAAUUCUGGGCCGCCGACGCCACCAACUCUGCCGGCCGCUUCUCCUUCGGCCUCGGGAUGCCCCUCGCCGCACGCUCCGAUCUCUCCACCGGUAAUCCCUUCUUCGCCUCCUACCUCCUCCGCUCCGCUUCCCUCCGCUUCCUCUUCUCCGCCCCCUAUGGCGGGCCGGCCGCCGCUGACGCCGCCGCUAACCCUGCCAACACCUCCCCCAUCCCCUCCUUCGACGCCGACCGUGCCCGUCGCUUCUCCGUCGACCACGGACUUGCGGUCCGAGCCAUCGCCGUCGAGGUCGCUGACGCUGCCGAAGCCUUCCGCAUCAGCGUCGCCCACGGCGCUCGCCCCUCCUUCCCCCCGGCCGACCUCGGCGAGGGGUUCGCGCUCGCCGAGGUCGAGCUGUACGGCGACGUAGUCCUUCGCUACGUUAGCCGCCCGAAGCCCCCACCGUUCCCCUCCGAAGCCCGCCAAACCCCCAUAAAGGUCCCAGCUUUCCUACCUGGAUUCGAGGAUAUUGACGAGUCCGAGACUUGUUCAUUCACCUACGGCAUCCGGCGGCUUGACCAUGCCGUCGGGAACGUCCCCGAACUCGCGCCAGCGGUGCGCUACAUUGCUGGGUUCACUGGCUUCCACGAAUUCGCGGAGUUCACCGCGGACGACGUAGGCACGGCGGAGAGCGGGCUGAACUCCGUCGUCCUCGCGAACAACGAGGAGACGGUGCUGGUGCCGCUGAACGAGCCGGUCCAUGGGACCAAGAGGCGGAGCCAAAUCCAGACUUAUUUGGAUCACAACGGCGGCGCCGGCGUGCAGCACCUGGCGCUGGCCAGCGACGACGUGCUGAAGACCUUGAGGGAGAUGAGGGCGCGGUCGAGGAUGGGAGGGUUCGACUUCAUGCCACCACCGCCACCAAACUACUACCAGGGGGUGCGUCGGAGAGCCGGCGACGUGCUCACCGAGGAGCAGAUCAAGGAGUGUCAGGAAUUGGGUGUUUUGGUGGACAGGGAUGAUCAAGGAGUGCUGCUACAAAUCUUCACCAAGCCAGUCGGCGACAGACCGACGAUAUUUAUAGAGAUAAUUCAGAGGAUUGGAUGUAUGGUGAAGGACAAGGAAGGAAAAGAGUAUCAGAAGGGCGGGUGCGGAGGAUUUGGGAAGGGCAACUUCUCCGAGCUUUUCAAGUCCAUCGAGGAGUACGAGAAAUCCCUCGAAGCCAAGCAAGCAACGACAGUUCCAAGUGCCUAACAAUAGCGAACGUAUAGAUCGUCUCAAGUAACAGAAAUAAUAAAGCAGAAUAACACCCGAUCGAAUCUCUCUUGGUACCAUUUGCUGGCUUUUAUUUGUUGAUGAUCAAGAAGCAUGAUAUUGUCUUGAGUUUGUUAAAUGAGACAUUUAACCUGAUGUUUACCAAUUGACAUUCCCAUCUCUCUAGUAUGAAUCACUUGAGAUUUGCAAAUGUUGGAGGCAAAAAGGUUUGCCCUUUGGUUC